CGCGACUGCAGCUUCCGCGUUUGGCUGCGGGGUCUCGGAGUGAGCAGGAGAAUGAAUCACUCUGAAUGUAACCAUUUACAGAAACCUAAGAGACCCGCGUGGAUUAUACAAUGCAUAUACAUCGUAGGGUUCAUGGACCUCUUUGGGGUCAGUAUGAUCAUCCCUUUACUGAGCCAUCACGUGAAGGCGUUAGGAGCAAGCCCAAUAGUCUCGGGAAUAGUGGGGUCCACUUAUGGGGUUUUACAGCUUUUCUCCAGCACUAUAGUAGGCAGCUGGAGUGAUGUAGUGGGGAGACGCUUUUCUUUACUGACAUGCCUUUUGCUCAGUGCUUUCGGUUACAGCCUCCUAGGCAUGUCCACUUCCAUUGCCCUGUUUGUGCUGGCCCGAAUACCAGUGGGGCUUUUUAAACACUCAAUUUCCAUUUGCCGAGCGUUAAUAUCAGACAUAGUGUCGGAAACAGAGCGCCCUCUGGUUAUGGGUCACUUUAAUGCAGCUUCCAGUGUGGGAUUCAUCCUGGGCCCAGUGGUAGGAGGCUACCUCACUGAACACGAGGGAGGAUUUUAUAUGUCCUCCUUUGUCUGUGCAGCUAUCUUCCUCCUUAAUGCAGCUUUGGUCUGGAUGUUGCCGUGGAGUGAGAUCCUAACCCAACAUUUAGACCCAAACAGGAACAGUAAAAGCAGACAACAAAAUGACAGACUGAGAAAUUGCGAUGGGAACCACCAUGGUAGUCCCUCUACCACUAAAACCCCUUAUUCUGCUGGAUCUCUGUGCAAGGACUGGGGUAAUAUAGCUGUACAGCAGUUGACCUCAGUAGGAGUACAAAUUCGCAUGGUGGCCUCUUCUGACAUGUGGGAUGUGUUCCUGCUGCGUCUAUUAAUGGGGCUGGCAGUCAUGCUUUACCAUAGUAACUUCUCUCUGGCCAUGGAGGAGCGUUUUGAUUUGAAACCCAAAUUGACAGGUUACAUGAUCAGCUACAGCAGCAUGCUGGGUGCACUGGCUGGGUUCCUGAUGGGCCCAAUGACUCGUUUAUACAGUGGUAACAUGUCUGCACUGCUGAUACACUCCACAGCAUUCACAUGCUCUUUGAUCUUACUGUAUGCUGCAGCUGGGAGCAUAUGGCACGUAGUGCUUUCCUCUACAUUCUUUGCUAUUUCUACCAGCGUGGGGCGUACCUGCAUUACAGUCCUGGAACUGCAGCGUGGAGGAAGUGCAAGGGCCAGUGGCACCCUGAUUGGGGCGGGACAAUCGGUGACAGCAGUCGGGCGCAUAUUGGCCCCGCUGCUUUCCGGCCUGACUCAGGAAAUCAGCCCAUGUGGGCCACCAACCCUUGGUGUCUUGCUGGCUCUCACAGCUCUGGUGCUGCUGCUUGUCAGGACUCCAAAGUGGGUUAUGAUGAGGGACAAGAAUGCCAAAGAUUGAUUGGAGGAAUUUUUAAAGCCACACACAUUUCAGAGCACAAGGAGCAUUCUGGUGGAAGCUGUUGAAGUUUGCAGUUAUUGGAGUAUAAAAUGCAAUCUCAGCAGAUGGCAACUGUACACACAGCAGGAGGACCUACCAGACCAAAGGAAGACUCUGAGACUGAUUCAUAAGCAUAAGACUACUUACUAAAUGUAAGCAUUUACUUUGAAUGCUAGUCAUGUUCAUCAGGUAUCAAGUUUAUAGAAGAUGAAAUUCACAGGGUCUGCACAAGUUCUGUUACUAGUAAUUGAUCCUUUUUUUUAGCACUAAGAUUAGAUUGCUCCUUGUAUUAACAACAUAAAAUUGAAGUGUUAAUAUAUUUAUUACUAAGAAUAGUACAGUGGAGCAGCAGUUAGCGCUGAUGCGUCAUAGCUCCAAGCUGCUUGUUUUUUUUCUUGAGCUCAGGUAACAUGGUCUACGUGUUACAUGGUCUACAGUAGGUGUCCCCUCAUCCCUCAAAAGAGUGUGUUUGUGUAUGGUAUGUGGUGGCAGGGGAUGGACUGGUAUACCAUCCAGGGUGUAUUUCUGACUUUGCUCAGUGUUUUUUGGAUAGGCUCUGGAUCCACCAUAACCAUGACUAGGAUAGAGCAGUUACUGAAGAUGAAUAAAUUAAUGAGUAAAAAUUUAAAAGUACAGAAUAUUAAAAUGUUUUUUUUUUAGUAUCUGUAUAUAAUUUAAACAGAAUCUUUUUAGGAAAAUACACCCCUAGUUUUAUAAAUUAGUGUUUUGUUCUGUGUUUUUUAUUUCCUAGUGAUAAAUAGAUAGAUAGGAAAUGCAAAUUGCACAAGCGACACAUUGUUGCAUUCCAGAAAGAUGAUAAAAGAUAAUGAAGCCCUGAUGAAACAGCUGGUUCACUGACAGUCAGAAGUUUUUUUACAAAAUAUGAUGGUUGGAAAUUUUUAAUAAAAACCCUCUUUGUAUUGUAUUACAUUUAAAAACACAUUAUACGCAGUAUAUUUUCCUGUGGAAAGUCAAACAAA